GCAGCUCAUACUUGAACAUACAGCAUAUCACAAGACACAACAUAACCAAUAGCCAUGGGGGCUGUGAAGCAUACCUUGAAAGUGUUUCCAUGGCUCCUACUCUUCGCACAAUUGGCUGUAGCCACUACCUCCAAGUGCACAAAUGCCACAAAUGGGACUGAGACUGACAGCCUGGGUGCUAUGAAACUGAAGCUGAUUGCCAUUGCAUCCAUCCUCACAGCUGGAGCAGCUGGUGUGCUGGUGCCAGUACUUGGGCGCUCCAUGGCCGCGCUACAUCCUGAUGGUGACAUCUUUUUCGCUGUCAAGGCAUUUGCAGCUGGUGUCAUCCUGGCCACAGGCAUGGUCCACAUUCUGCCAGCAGCAUUUGAUGGGCUGACAUCCCCAUGCCUCUACAAAGGUGGCAGUGGUGGGAACAUUUUCCCCUUUGCAGGCCUCAUUGCAAUGUCUGCUGCAAUGGCUACAAUGGUGAUAGACUCACUAGCUGCUGGGUACUACCGCCGGUCUCACUUCAAGAAGGCACGGCCAAUCGACAACCUAGAGAUCCAUGAACAACCUGGAGAUGAGGAGAGGACUGGGCAUGCACAACAUGUGCAUGUGCACACCCAUGCAACACAUGGCCAUUCACACGGAGAGGCAGAUGGCAUCAAUUCACCAGAGGAGGCUUCAAUAGCUGACACAAUCCGGCACAGGGUGGUAUCUCAGGUCCUUGAGCUUGGAAUCUUGGUGCAUUCAGUGAUAAUUGGGGUGUCCUUAGGUGCAUCUGUGAGGCCAAACACCAUCAGGCCUCUUGUUGGUGCCCUUAGCUUCCAUCAAUUCUUUGAAGGCAUUGGCUUGGGUGGUUGCAUUGUGCAGGCAAAUUUCAAGUUGCGAGCUACCGUCAUGAUGGCAAUUUUUUUCUCCCUGACUGCACCCAUUGGCAUUGCAUUAGGGAUUGCAAUUUCAUCUAGCUACAAUGGCCAUAGCACUACAGCCUUCAUUGUUGAAGGAGUGUUCAACUCAGCCUCAGCAGGAAUUUUGAUCUACAUGUCAUUAGUCGAUCUUCUGGCCACAGAUUUCAAUAAACCCAAACUGCAGACGAAUACAAAGCUUCAGCUGAUGACAUACCUUGCACUUUUCUUAGGUGCAGGGAUGAUGUCCAUGCUUGCUAUAUGGGCAUAGAUCUUCAAACCACCAGAGGAUGGCUAGAGUUGAAGACAUAAUUUUAUUUGUCCAAGAGUUCUCCAUUUUCUCAAAUAAGACACCCUUGUUGAAGGGUUCAUCACAUAAAUCCACGAGUUCUCCAUUUUCCAUACAUAUAGCCUCAGAUGGUCCUUUGUACUUCAUAAUGUGAGAUUGCAUGAUCCAUUAUUCAUUAGCAUAAUCCUAUAUCCUAAAGUUAUGUUAGUCAUUAGCUGUAGGUCCUGUCCAGAGCUUUCAGUCGUAAAGAGAGACUUGAGGCCAUUUUAUCAUACAAUCAACCAAUCUGUAUCUUUUAGCUUAUCGCAAUAGCCAGAAGAAACAUGUAAAAUUCAUAGUUAAACAUAUGACCUGAGAGGUACAAACUACAAAGGUCAUGGAUAUAUGCAGGAAAAUCAACAGUAGUACACUCUUCUGAGAAAAACAUGUUUAACAAAUACUGAUCAAAGUGAUAUUAAAAGGAAUCCCCCUUGAUCCUAUGUUGAGAGAAAUCUUCAUAGAAGAUCGAUAUCCUUUAGAAAGAAUGCCAAUUUAACAAAAAAAAAAGGCUAUAAGAGUUUAGAAGCCCUUUGUAAAUUCUUAGGGAUGUAUACAUUACUUUGUGAUUAGCCUCUGGUACAGAAGGUUUUUUGCUUAUGCACAUUUUGGCUAUUGAAUAGAAUCGUGCAGCAUUUUUCAACAAAAUCCUAUUUAUCCUAUAAUAAAGUUUACAUGUUGGAUAAAGGUUGCUAUAGGUCAAAAGAUUAAAAAAAAGUGCAGCAAUUAACGACCACAACAACUUUCAUGUGUACUUCAAGGUAAUUAAUUAUUCUCCUUAGGGCACUCACAAUGCAAACUCUAUCAUAUCAUAGAGUCUAAAGUUAUUUAUUACCUCGAACAAUGUGGACUUAGAGUCUAAA